ACCCGCGCGAGCUCGCGUACAUUCCAGCCAAGCUACACACGCACGGUCACGCACCCACCUGCUUGCUGUUCGAUCGGCUCUUGAGGACGAGGACGAGGACGAGGCGCGCUCGAUCGCGGCAGCUUGGCAGCUGGGAUCGACCGGCACCGGCUGAUAUGGCUUCGUCGAGGCGGCUGCUCGCGGUGUUCGCCGUGCUGGCGGUCGUCUUCCUCGCGGGCGCGGGCGUCGCCGGCGCCGCGAGGCCGGCGCCGGCGGGUGGCGGCGGGGAGGAGGCGGCGGCGUACCUGGUGGUGGACCCGGCGGCGGUGGUGGAGAAGGCGAGGGAGACGGUGGAGAUGCUCAUGGCGAGGCUGCCGGCGGGGCCCAGCCCCAGGGGCCCCGGUCACUAGGGAUCUUCGGAUCGGAUCAAGGAUGUAUAUGCAGAGGCCAUACAUACAUAGGUUGAUGAUUUGGUUAUACUGAACCGUAUAUACUCUGCCGAGGCAUGGUACUUGCAUUGGUGUCUUGGUUACAAGAUUCUUUGAUACACUUCUUUUCUUUUUAAUUCUUGGUUACUAGCAUAGCAUUGGGUGCAGAAAACUUCCAUUAUUUCUAUAUUAUCCCACGUCUAUUGUUCCAAUGAGAUUAUAUAAAUUAUUAAAUUUAAAGGCGGAAUCCUUCCAA